AAAAGGAGAAGCAGCAAGCAUGAACGGGCUGCUGCUGGCCAGCGAGGGGCCUGCCGAAGCCAUGCAAGGGCAGGGGGCAGUGGAGUCUUGGACCUGGGGGCCACUCCCCAGGCUCCAGACAUCCAAGCACCCCAGCAACGAAGAGGACAUGGGAGACCCCUGGUGUGAGGACCAGAGACUGUCUAUUUGCUGUGGACCUCAAGGCUGAGGGAGCCUCCCCUGGGUCGGUCCAGCACCCCACCCCAGCAUGAUCCAGGCCUGCAGGGGGCACUCCAGAACACAGUCUCCGACCUUGUCUUUGGGGACAACCAUGACCCAGCCUCCACCCACCAAAGCGCCAGCCAAGAAGCAUGUGCGGCUGCAGGAGAGGCGGGGCUCCAAUGUGGCUCUGAUGCUGGAUGUGCGGUCCCUGGGGGCUGUGGAGCCCAUCUGCUCAGUGAACACACCCCGGGAGGUCACGCUGCACUUUUUGCGCACAGCUGGACACCCCCUCACCCGCUGGGCCCUGCAGCACCAGCCUCCCAGCCCCAAGCAGCUGGAGGAGGAAUUCUUGAAGAUUCCCUCAAACUUUGUCAACCCCGAAGACCUGGAUAUCCCUGGCCAUGCCUCCAAGGACCGAUACAAGACCAUUUUACCAAAUCCCCAGAGCCGUGUCUGUCUCGGUCGGGCACAGAGCCAGGAGGACGGAGACUACAUCAAUGCCAACUACAUCCGAGGCUAUGACGGACAGGAGAAGGUCUACAUCGCAACCCAGGGCCCCAUGCCCAACACUGUGUCUGACUUCUGGGAGAUGGUGUGGCAAGAACAAGUGUCCCUCAUUGUCAUGCUCACUCAACUCCGAGAGGGCAAGGAGAAAUGUGUCCACUACUGGCCCACAGAAGAGGAAACCUACGGACCCUUCCGGAUCUGCAUCCAGGACGUGAAAGAGAGCCCAGAAUACACUGUGCGGCAGCUCGCCAUCCAGCACCAGGAGGAAUGCCGGUCAGUGAAGCAUGUCCUCUUCUCAGCCUGGCCCGACCACCAGACCCCGGAAUCAGCUGGGCCCCUGCUACGCCUGGUGGCUGAGGUAGAGGACAGCCCAGAGACAGCAGUCAACACUGGGCCCAUCGUGGUCCACUGCAGUGCAGGGAUUGGUCGCACUGGCUGCUUCAUCGCCACUCGAAUUGGCUGUCAACAGCUGAAGGCCCGAGGGGAAGUGGACAUCCUGGGCAUCGUGUGCCAACUACGGCUAGACAGAGGGGGAAUGAUCCAGACUGCGGAGCAAUACCAGUUCCUACACCACACUUUGGCCCUGUAUGCAGCCCAGCUGCCUGAAGACCCCAGCCCCUGACCCCUGCUUCCCUCCACCGGCCCAGGUGCCAACCUCCCCUCAGGCCUGGGAGGGUGGGUCUGAGGAACAUGGGCUGUGUGAUCUGGGGGCACCCCCUGGGU